AUUGUCUUUCAGUUGUCAAUCACCAUCGGCAUUCUUGCUGCCAACAUCAUCAACUACUUCACUGCAAAAAUUGCCGGCGAUUUGGGAUGGCGUCUGAGCUUGGGGUGUGCCGCAGUCCCAGCGCUCUUCGUAUUUCUCUCUGCUCUGUUUCUCCCCAAUACUCCCAACUCCAUGCUCGAGAAAGGCCAAAGAGAGGAGGCUCGUGGCAUGCUAAGACGCAUUCGAGGCGUUAGCGACGAGGAAGUUGAGGCAGAGUUCAGAGACUUGGUGGCUGCGAGUGAGGCUGCAAAGGCCGUGGAACAUCCAUGGAGGAAAUUGAGAGAGAGGCGUCAUCGUCCUCAGUUGAUCAUGGCUAUCUUUAUUCCUCUGUUUCAACAAAUAACUGGUAUCAACGUCGUCAUGUUCUAUGCUCCUGUGCUUUUCAAAACUUUAGGAUUUGGAGGAAGUGCUUCUCUUCUCUCCUCUGUCAUUACUGGCCUGGUUAAUGUUUUCGCAACCAGUAUAUCUAUCUAUGGAACUGAUAAGUGGGGAAGGAGAUUUCUAUUCCUUCAGGGUGGAGUACAGAUGUUUGUAUGCCAGGUUCUUGUAGCAGCACUUAUAUGGUGGAAAUUUGGAGUGACCGGGGAGACGACUCAACUAGCCACGUGGUACGCGGUUCUGGUAGUAGUGUUCAUAUGUCUGUUUGUGGCUGCAUUUGCAUGGUCGUGGGGACCUCUGGGAUGGUUGGUACCGAGCGAGAUGUCGCCUCUGGGAAUUCGAUCGGCGACGCAGAGCAUAACAGUGUCCGUCAACAUGUUGUUUACUUUCUUGAUCGCUCAACUCUUCCUCAGCUUGCUCUGCAGAUUGAAGUUCGGGCUCUUCCUCAUGUUCGCUUUCUUCGUUGCCAUCAUGACCACCUUCAUCUUCUUUUUGCUGCCGGAGACCAAGGGCGUCCCCAUUGAAAACAUGUCAACUGUCUGGAGCCAACACUGGUUCUGGAAGAGAUUCAUGCCUGAAGAUGACCAACAAAAUAAUGGCAAAACACCAAAGUCUCUAGAGUUAGUUUAG